AUGUCUGGACGCAAGCUGCGGAAGAAGGCGACUACAAGGACAGCUGACCAUGCUGGCUCAGGCAUGGACUCGACUCAGAACAUCGCGCACACAAGGUCUACAGGUCGACGGGGCAAGAAUUCGGGAGACAGCAAUCCAACACUCACGGCCAUCCUCACCCCUGCGCAGAAGGCUGCGCGAACACGAGCAGCAAAUCGGGCAGCCAGAGAACAUAUUGCCGAUGCCGUUCUGCCCAACGCAGUUGAUGAUGUACCAGCCAUGGCUCGCAAGCGGCCGGAAACUGGGUCAGAAACCAGUGCACCGUCGACCGACAUGCCAGCGGCAAAGCGUGUUCGCAAUGAUCGCCGUCCUCCACGCACCGCAAUUCGUGACAACCCUGAGCAUGAUGCAGCUCAGGAGGUUAUGGACCGCAUGGCACUACAUCCUCCUAGCCAGCCAUCAGACACCGAAGAUGAAGACAAUCACAGCCAGAAGACGGAUGGCGAAGAGUCAGAGACCGAAUUGGAGGAGGACCCAGUGACUGACCUGAUGGGACAGUCUGGUCGUCGCAAUCUCCGACGCCAGCUUGCUCUUGAGGAGAUAUCAUGGGCCUCCGAUAAACAUCAUGCUGUCCUGCAACCCGUCAUCGCCCUCCAGUCCCGGUCAGCGGACUUGGCUGUUCCGUCUCCAUCUCACUCGCCUGCAAGCUCGAACAGGACCCCUUCGCUCAGUUCAUCGUCUUCGCAGACACCGGAAUUGCCGUUUACGCAUUUCAUCGAUCCCGUUCUCCUCGAACAGUCCGAAUCCGGUGCAUCAUCACCAGCACCAAACUCCUCAUCAUCCUGCAUCUCGCAAGCGUCCACCCGUCGUCCAUCCGCAAACAUCCGGGCAUCAGCCCGUGCAGCUUCGGCCACGCCUCAAGUAGCACACAUGGCGGGUACAUCACUCUUGCCACCACGAUCGGUUUCUAUGCCUUCCGCGGCCUCGAUAUCAUCCGCUCCCCCUCCAGUUACCAGUACCUUUGUGUCGUCGACAUCGGCUGCGGUCGCGGUUACCAGUCCCGGGCCUGGAGUGGUAGCGGUGGAUAGGGUGCGGUUCUCUGCGGAGUCUCAGACCUUCAAUGCUGGAUGGCCCGACUGUACGUGGAUCGAAGUACCGAAGAAGGGCAAGACUAUCCUAAUCACAGCUCAGCCUCAACAUAUACACAAGCUCCUCAACGAUGCAACAUACUAUACUCACCUUUUCAUGUGCUUUCACGAUGCAUUUCCUGACCACGAUGCUCGCGCAGAGCUUCUUCAACGUGCGGUCAAGGCCGCCGUGGAGAAACUGCAAGCGUCAGUUCGGGACCCUUUUCUCCAUCGUCUAGAAGCCCAGCCAACGUUCGCUGAGUACAUGAUGUCUUCGCCUCUGGGUCGCAUCGGCAUUCUUCGAUCUGACAUCAAGCAGUCGUGCGAAGCCGCUGUAGUCGGUCAUUACGGACUGGUGUCGGGGUGCAUGGAGCGCGUCAUGGCCGAGCUCGACAAGGACAAGUACAUCUAUGCACGAUCUCCCACUAAUGCGCGGCUCAAAGACCGGCCAUUCCAACAUCCCUGCAUCAUCGAUCAACUCAGGACCCAUUUCUUCGCGCAUAGCCCUCGCAAGGGUCGCCCUCUCACCCAACGCUUCAACGAUAAUUUCAUCUCAAGUGUCACCUGGGACGCUCGGAAGGAAAUCCCGGCUCCUAUGCUUGCCCUUAUUGCAACUGCUAUAUACGCAGCCAUACGCGAGUGGGAGACCGGUGAAUGCGUUACCGAAGACUUCACGGCCGACACGUACAUGGACGUUUACAGCUCACACAUGCUCACCCUUGCGGACAUCAAGCAGGCAUCGGAGCGGGCAUAUCAUGGGAUGAUGGCAGGGUUAUACGAGGCUGCUUCGUGA